AUGAUUUCAAUUCUUUUUAUUUCCGAGGUGCCUAUGACUUUGUUUGGUGUAUCCGGGAACUAUGCUUCUGCUUUAUACAUUUCAGCAAUAAAAGCUAAUGCAUUGGAUAAGGUUGAAGCUGAGCUUCUGGAUCUUGUUGAAGCUUCAAAGAGAAGUGCUCAAUUUUCUGCAUUCAUGAAAGAUUUGUCAGUGGGGGCAGAAACAAGAGUAAAUGCUAUAAAGGAAAUCUGUGCUGAAGCUAAAUUUUCAGCUAUUGUAAAGAACUUUUUUGUACUUUUGGCUGAGAAUGGGAGGCUAAGACACCUUGACAGCAUAGCAAAGAGAUUCACUGAAUUGACCAUGGCUCACAGGGGAGAGGUGAAAGCAACUGUCACUACAGUUAUUCCUCUUCCCCCUGAAGAGGAGAAAGAUCUAAAAGAAACGCUACAGGAUGUCAUUGGACAAGGGAAGAAAGUCCAUCUUGAACAGAAGUUUGAUCCUAGCAUCCUUGGUGGACUAGUGGUGCAAUUUGGGCAGAAGGUUUUUGAUAUGUCCAUAAAGACUAGAGCAAAGCAGAUGGAGCGAUUCCUGCGGGAGCCUAUCAAUUUCGAUAUCUGA